AUGCUGCAGUGGUUGUCCAACCGGGCACAACAGGACCGAUGCCAACCAGAUAUUGGUCAAGCCAAAAUUGCCACUUGGUACCUUGAGCCGCAAGUGAUGCCUCGUAGUGAUCAUUAUCGGGAUGUUCUGUUGUCUGCCAACCCGACCCUGUGGCCAAGUGAGGUACUACAGCGUUGGGCCGACAUGUUGCAACCAUCCCAACCAGUUGACCUCUACGUAGUGCAGCCUGAUCCACCAGGAGGAAUGCCUGAUGUGUUUGCCCAUGUCAUCGUCACCCAAAUGACACCGCCUGAUCAAGCAGCAGCACUGGUCUCUGUCACUGAAUUGCUUGAAGAUCCCUGGCACCCAUCAAGAUUUGCCCUCUUCUUGCAUAGCCCUGUAACCAGCGAUGCCCUCUUUGAACAUGCAGGCAUUCCGCAAGGCCAAGUAGCCGCCACACCUGGGCUCAGUGCUUACCACGGAACAACACACAUUCCGCAUGGCAGUUCCUACCCAGUGCGCUCGGGCUUUGCCUUCGAGGUUGUGACUGACUCACUUGACUUUGAGGAGGAAGGGAGUGCUCUCCUGCAACUCUCCCCUGCCUGGCCAAGAAGGGAACACCAAACCUCAGACAUGCCUAAUGCAGCUACAGCUAGCAGCAGCCAUGCUGCUUGCUGCGAACAGCUCAUUGAGUCCAUGCGACAACUUGACAUGGCCAUACAGAGCAUAACCACAGCUCUCUGCUCCAGAACGGUGUUUUCACCGAAACAAAUCCAUGUUGAGCCUCACCCAGAGGUACCUCAACCCAUGCAUAUUAUCCUGUGCAAAGACCCUCAGAUCGAGGAAGAUACCUUUCAUUGCCACACACCAGGGCUGGGACGACAGCCCGACACCUCGCACCGCUGGCAGCAAUUAGCUGGCAUCAGACCCAAAGAAGCCCGUCCGAUGGCACCCAUCAUGACGUGGUACGUGGAUCAUGAGCGCUUCCCACAGUGCUUUGCCCCAAGGGAAGUGUUUGUCACUAGACAUCCUCAGGCAUGGAAGCGACUCAUCCUGCAAGCAUGGAAUGACAUCUAUUUGCCUGAAAACCAGGUUGAAAUAGUCGUGGUCCAGCCAAAUCCCAUCAUGAUGGAAGAGCACUUGGUAGCUCAUGUAAUUGUGCUACAACAGCAAAUGCCAGGAUUCACCACGGCGUUGCUCACCACACUGGAUAGUGCGACACCUGGAGUACACAGGAGACAUGCCACAAUUGCCCCGACUGAACUCAGCAGAGCCACGCUGCUUGCAAUUGCGUUCCAUCCUCAUAGUGCGACACCUGGAGUACACAGGAGACAUGCCACAAUUGCCCCGACUGAACUCAGCAGAGCCACGCUGCUUGCAAUUGCGUUCCAUCCUCAGGAAUGUGAGCGAGAAUCCAAUACCUGCGACACCUGGGUUGGAGAAGAGGCUCUUGACGAACAAGCACCAUUGCCACUCUCGCCAGGGUCAUCAUGCACGGCUGCCUUACACCGACAUGUGCCACUGCCGCCAGGACAGCCAGACCCAUGGGAAUGCAGUGCACCCAAACACUGCCCACAUAGAGUGACGCUUUGCCUGCAAGCAGUCCUUCCUGCCAAAGCACAUCCGGAGCCUGUCAGUCUCGAUGAUGACAAGCCACAAUUGUUGUGGUUUGCCAAUGAAGCAUGGAAACUUGCCCUCGAAGCUGAAAUGCCAUUGCAACUCCUCCCACUGCCUGAUGGACUCGUAGUUCCUGAGCAAUCCUACUGGUCGUUGCUUCAACCACCACAAUUGUCAGAUGGAGCCGACAUGUCCUACACACUUUACCUGGAUGGAGCCGCCAAUGGCCAAGAAGCCGGCUGGAGUGUUAUUGCUAUUGCAAACUGCUACCAGCAAGAGAACUUCCUUGGUUGCAUCUAUGGCACUGUACAGCUCAAUCCACACCAUCAUGACUGGCUAGGCGCAACCACUGCUGACAACAUCUCUGCAGAACUAUCAGCCAUGGUUGUUGCGCAAAACCUUGCCAUGAGAUGGUCCGGCAACCAUCAAUUUUGUAUCCGCCCUGACCUAUCACUGAGCCGCACAGUAGCCACAGCUUUAACCACAUGCAAGUCCAACCAGCCCCUCACCAGACUAUGUGGGGCUUUGGGCCUUUGGCUGGGCCCCAAAGUGACCAUCCAUGAAGUCAGAGGCCACCAAGGCCAUGCCUGGAAUGAGCUAGCCGAUGCAGUUGCAAAGUGGGCAAUGCAACAGCACACUAACCCCGCGACAGGGCAAUUGGCCCAACUACACCAGCUUGCCACCAAUCAACACGAUGUGGAUUGGGUAUGGAUGCAAACCACGCAUCCUGCAAUUGCUGCAUGCUUCCCACCGCUCAGCCAACAGCAGAUCAUGCACUUCACGCAGCCUACCACAAAGCUUGGCAUCCUGCCAACUGAGCGCCACAUCGGGAAACCCAUUGCACUCGGCAAAGCACUCCUCACGGUUCAGCACGCUGAUCCACGCCGCCUCAUGGUAGAAGCGAAGAUCGGCCAUUACGUUUAUGCGUUCAUUGUCCUGCAUGCCCCAAGCCUUGCCUCAGCAGCACAAGACGUUCCCGACCCCAUCGAAGCAGCCACACAAUGGUGGGAUGAAACAGCAGCCUUAUAUGCCAAGUACGUGACUGCUGGGGCCCAAUGGGUUUUCAUCGAUGCAAAUGCUCCCCUGGAUGCUGGGGAUGGCCUGCUCAUUGGACCACACGGUGCUGAACCUGCCAAUCAUGCAAGCGCACGGUUUGAGAGCUUCAUCCAACUGCAGCACCUAAUGGUGCCUUCCACCUUUGCCUCCAUCCAUGAUGGCCCAACCACCACAUGGACGCACAGCACCGGAAAAAAGAGCCGAAAGGACUACAUCCUUCUCUCCCAAGAAGUGGCAAAGUUGGCUAGCAAAAGCAUCCUCCCGCUCAUGGACCAAGUACAUGCCAACCGGCUGAGGUUCCUGGCACGACUGCUAGGCGCCUGCCCCCCUAUCACAUGGGCACUGAUGCACCACACCACAGGACAUCAUUCUUGGAUGGAACAAUGCAUGGAAUCAUGUCAAUGGAUGCUAUACCACUAUGACAGCAAGCUUCCCCUGGACACCUCAUCGCUAUUCCAAGACUGGGUGCAGUUCGUGCGACUAGAUCCCAACUGGAAAGGCCGGGUCCGAAAAACCAGCAAGCUAGCCUUGUCAUACCAUCGAGCCAGAGCCGACAAUGCCAUCUGGCAACGACACUUUGACCACCGCCUAGCUGCUGCAGGAGCGACUCUGCCUGACAAGUCCAAACCGCAGACAGCUCCAGAGCGUUGGCAAUGCGACUUGUGCCAAAAAGUAUUCAGCUCAACCAGGGCGCUCGCUAUGCAUGCUGCACGUGGGCAUGGCUACAGGAAAAAGGUCCGAUACUUUGCAAUCGGAGACACAUGCCAAGCAUGUGGGCAAAACUUUCACACCAGGAAAAGGCUCUCUGUGCACUAUGAAAAGCAGCAAAAGUGCUAUGACAUAGUCACUGCCUGCUGGCCGCCCUUUCCCGCUGCUAUGGUGCAAAGCCUUGACAUGGCAGACAAGGAAGAUGAAGUGCAGCUGCGCAAACAAGGGUGGUGGGCGGCAAAAGCUUUCCAACCGGUGCAGCAGACUCAGGGUCCCCCACUCCCCUCUGCUGGCUCUGCUGCAGCUCAAGCCAUGCAUGACAAGAUGAUGCAGAGACGUCCAAGCGACGAAUUAGCCUAUACGCAAUUGCAGGGCACUCGCAUCACCAAGCUUCCACCGGCUGACCCCCAGCUCUGGUGGACACGUGCCGACCUUCCGUCCUUCAUCAUGCAGUCAGUUAGCGGCAGAGACAGCGCUGGCGGCGCAUUUGCAAUGCAAGGUCUCGCCAGAGAGACCGCCCUGCUUCAUGUUAGAGCACUUGUUGUGGUGCACUUCUUUAGCGGCUUUCGCAGGAUGGGCGAUAUUCAUCACAUCCUCGACCACCGCACCAUGGAGACAGGAGCACAGGUCUUUACCAUCUCGGUAGAUCUAUGCAUGCAAAGGGUCAACGGUGACCUUGCCACGCCACAGGCCUCACGAUGGUGGCGAGAGCGAGUCCUUGCUGGACAAGUGGUGGCGGCUGGAGGAGGCCCACCAUGCGAAACGUUCACUGUGGCCCGACAAUAUGAAGGAGGCCCCAGGCCAUUGCGGGACUCUGCCCAUCCCCUCGGUCUCCCAGGACUCACCCUCAAAGAGUGGGCACAGCUGCGCAUCAGCGACAGGCUCCUCCGCUUCCUGCUCGACGUUCUCGUGGCCCUCGCCCUCAUGGGGAUGAGCGGAUUUUUGGAACAUCCGCAAUUUCCAACGUGGUGCACCAAAGGCUCUCCGGCGAGCAUUUGGGCCACCGAAGCCCUCAUCAUUCUGAAGAAUCUGGGGUGCUUCUCCGUGGUGAGCUUCGAUCAAUGCACAGUUGGUGCCCUGGGGAAAAAACCGACCACUCUCCUCCUGCUGAGACUGCCGAGGGUGCGAGACAAGCUCUUGGGGCGUGGCCGCAGCGGUCGGUGUAAUCACCAGCCUGGAGCUCAUGUGGCGCUGAUCGGCCGUGAGGAAGAUGGCACAUUCCACACGGCCAAAGCCAAAGUAUAUCCCUAUGGCCUCAACAAGAUACUGGGUGAAGCGCUCUUUGAUGCAGCGGUGCAAUGGCAGCACCUGGACAUCGCAACCGACCUGCCCAAGGAGUUCACCCCGUACCUUGAACAAAGUUGCCAUGCCCCGGAGGUGGUGCAACCAGACUACCACGGUGGCAGCUGA